CUUUCGUUUCCUCUUUAAUACUACUAUCUCCUAACUUGUAAUCUCUUCUUUUCGUAAUCUAUACAUACUUUUUGCGUUGAAAAAACAAAAGUAAAGCUAAAUCCAGAAAAACAAUUAAAGAAUUCCCAAUUGGGAAAUAAAAAUCCAAAAAUCAAAACCAAGUUCAUGAACCAACUUUCCCAAACCCAACCCAUCAACCCCUAUAUAAAUUUCCCACGCAUCUUCUCUCCCAAAUAUCAGCUCACUAUCUCUAUCUCUAUCUCUUAUCCUAUACGCACACAACUCAAUUUCUACACAAACGAUUACACUUCUAAUUCUAUAAAUAAUACUCGUGUUUGUUUUUGAUACGAUCAUGUACGCAGAAGGUGAUUUCAAUGCCAAUUUCGCUCUGCUGUGCUCGAUACAUCGUGACUUGCAGGGAGAGUUUGAAGCUCCGGCGAUGAACUCGGGCAAUAACCCCGUAGAGUACUGUUGGGUUAACAACUUGUUCCCUUGUCUGGCCCAAAACUCGGGAGAUCUGCCUCUGAAGGAGAACCAUUCGGAGGACAUUGGCAGGCUUCCAACUCCGGCGGUGGCGUCCACCACCGCAGCUGCUAUCGAAAUGAGUAACUUUUCGAAAUCUGUUGCGCCACCUGUGACGGCGGCGGUGGAGUCGAAGGGGAGGCAAUACAGGGGAGUGAGGACGCGGCCGUGGGGGAAGUACGCGGCGGAGAUUAGGGAUCCGGCGAAGAAUGGGGCCAGGGUUUGGCUGGGGACGUAUGAGACGGCGGAGGACGCCGCCGUGGCCUAUGACAUUGCGGCGUAUAGGAUGCGCGGGUCACGUGCGCUUCUGAAUUUUCCGCUCCGGAUUAAUUCAGGUGAGCCGGAGCCGGUGCGGGUUACAGGAAAAAGGUCAUCGGCAGAUCGAUCUUCAUCGUCGCCCGCGAGUUCGUUGCCGUCAUCGGAGAAUGGAUGUUCUGGGAAGAGGAGAAGGAAGAAGGUGGUGGCGAAAGAGGAGCCGGUGGUGGUGGUUCCCAAGUUGGAGGAAGAAGGAGGAGAGCGUCGAUUGGAGAUUAGAGAGGUAAAAAAAAUCAAAAAAAUGGACAAAAUCGGUUGCGCAGAACCAAACCAAAUCGGUCCUAUUUGACUUUUUUUUUUUUUUAAAUGUGUAAUAAAAAAUUGUAAAAAUUAGUUUGUAGGAAAAAAUUUGAAUUGGGAGUUGUGCAGCUAUAAUUGUUGACUUUUGGUGAAUAGUGAUAACUUUUUAACUUUUUGAGUAACUUUUUGACUUUUUGAGACUUCUCAAACUUGACCUAAAUAUAUAGUCUGUUAAGUAUAAAGUUCAAUUAAUUCGCUUAAUUAUUUAUUUUUUUAUAAAUAUUUCAGGUUUGAUAAUAAAUAUUGGCAAUGUGAUAAAUUAUUAUA